UGAGAGAAGGGUACGUCAAAUGACAUGUUGAAUAAAUCAUAAGGUUUUAUUUGAUACUUGUAAAAAGGCUGAAGCGCUAUGUUAAAUCAAUGAGCAAGUAUAUUAAUUCAUAUGUUGACAUGUUGUAUGAAAUGAAAAUCUUUUAAAUAACGAUGCAUACAAUUCAAUUAUGCGUGCUUACGCAUCAGUGGCUUGGCGUAGUGUUCAGGCAUUGGAAUUAUAACAACAGGCUAACUUCUAUAAAGGGUCAUCUUUUUUAAUAUACACCCUGUAUUAUAACGAUUCGACGUUUCGCGUGGCAACAUGAAUAUGAUUAUAUGGACGUGACAUAGCUCACAAGCAGUCAGGCAAAACAUCACACAUUGAAAAACAAGGAUAAAACUGUUAAUCAGCUGGUUUGAAGAUGAAAAUUCACGCGGUACUAGUGUAUUCGCUGCCGCUCGUAACGUUUCUGACUCAAGCAACUGCUAAUCAUUUAUGUAGCCCACAAGCAAGCCAUGCCUACUCCGCAGGCAACGCGGAUAUUCCUAUACGAGUCUUCGCCUUGGACUUUGACGGUACUGCUACAACUUUGGAAAGCAAAGAUGUGGACCAAUUCGUUUACCAAGCAACGUUGCAAUACCAAAAUAGCGACAAGGCAGAAAAAGAAGCCAUGGCUAAAAGAUGGGACAAGUUAAUCGAGGAUAAAUCUGUCAGAUUGAGUAAUAUUAUUAAGAACACGCUUAGGAGACUUAAGAAUUCACCUAACCGAAUCACAGCAGGAAACAUUUUUAUCCUAAGAAAAACAAUAGCCGAAAUCGACAAUGCACUCCAACAUAUUCUGAAGUUGAAGGAAGUGCAGUACGUUUUAAAAGGAAUAACAAUGGAGGGAAUUAAAGAAAUCGCCAUCACUAAAGCACAACUUUGUCCAAGGCUUAUUGAAACCCUACAACACUUUCGAAAUAAUCCCCCAAACAUAAUUUCUGCAGGUUUAUCUAAAAGUUUCGCUGAAUUCGUGUUUCAGAAAUAUAACGCUCCGCCGAAUUUGAUAAUACAUGCAGGAGAGUUCGAAUUCAAAAAUGGCGUAUCGACUGGGAAAAUUAUGGGUCAGCUAACAGCUUUUGACAAGGAAAAAGUUAUGGCACAGUUGAUCAAACAGCAUCAAAAGACUAAUGGAUAUUCCAUAUACGUUGGUAAUGACUUUCCAGAUAUCCUAGCGAUGUUAAAAGCAGAUAUAGGUAUCGCAAUUAAUUACACACCGCUUUUUAUUCGCUUUGUUCACGCAAUCGGAAUAGCGACCCAGUCUGUGGGCGAUUGGAGAGGCGCUUGUUCGAAUCAGGAAUAUCUCAUCUACACCGCGCAGUCCUGGAACGAGAUUAAAGAAAUGAUGUUUGGAAAUUUGGAACACGCAAGGAAAUUAGAAAAAUAAACUAUAGCAUUAGAAAAUUCGCAAAAAGUAUACAUAACACAUUUAAGCGAGUGGUAUGAUUUUCAUAUACUGAAGGUCUAUGCGAGUAGUAUUAGUAUGACUUUCAACUUGAAGGUCCCAAGAAGACAGAUCUUUCUUGAGUGUAAUUCAUAAUAAUUUCAGCCAUGUCUUAAAUAAAACAGCAUUAAUAUUCAAAUUACAAGCGUGAACUUGUUGUGUUAUUCUACCUCAUCAUUAACCUCUUAUUAACCGAACGAGAGGUCUGUACAGAGAAAUAUCGGACCGAGUUCUUUUUUGCACAGACCGAGCACGUAGGGCGAGGUUUGUUCAUAAAGACCGAGGUCUGAUAUUUCUCUGUGCCUCGAACAAGCGAGGUUAAUAAAAAGUUUAUUAUAU